GUAGACUCUAGCAUAAAGCUAGAGGAGUUGGAGUUCCAAGCUCUAACUCGACGACCUUAAAAAACUGAGACCGUUCCUACUUACGUACAACAGUGGAAAGAUGAUGAAAGCUCCCGCAGCUAAAACUGCUGCAAAGAAAACUAAGCCGCUAUCAGAGCACGACGCGGUAAAUCUGUCGAAAAGACUUGGCAUCAUUCACAGCGACAUUUACUUCCCAGAUUACCAGAAGUUCUGGAACAAUGGAGUACUAAUACUACUUUCCCUAUCUUCUAAUGUGUUGGUUUUUAAUAAUUAAUGUAAAAUCCUGAAUCAGUGCAAUUUCAUGCUUCUUGUUUAACUACCACCUCCUUCAACUACAGAAUCAAAGAGGAGAUACCGCAGCCGUCGAGGCAAUUUUUGGUAACGGUGAACUGAAUCAGAUCUACCAGAGCAAGAUUACCGAGCCGAGCCGUAUCAGCAAGUUAUUAUAUUUCAUCCUUUUUUCUUAUACCUCUACUAGUAGCUGCAUUGAGUCACGUUAUAGCUCUUGAGCACUCAUCGUAAUACUUCUAACGCGUGCUUUUUGCUUAGCAACAAAUACUUCCAAGAUGAAAACAAGAUCAACCUCUCUAAAAACGCUAGACUAUCUAUUUUGCUAAUAAACAACGACUCACAAACUUUCCUUCAGUUGACUUACGCUAUACCAAUAUCUUUUUGAAUGCCGACGAUUGGACGAAAAAACUUGGUGGACUACGUCGACCAGAAUACGGGCAAAAAACGAAAUAUGUGGAGAUGAAACUAGCGGAGUACGAAUGGCAGCAGUUGCUCGUCCUACACCUUUGGAAUUUUUUACUAGUAGAAGCAUUAACUAGUACUACUUAUGCUACGUCGUGACCACCAGGACCAGAACGAGCACAGCUAUCGGGUGUGAGUAGUACGUAGACAAAGAGUAGCUCAACCGAAAUCAUUCGCUUCAUGAUGAAAUUGAAUAUAAUUCUCUCUCCAGAUACAAGCAGACUCACGAUACGGCAGCAUCACCACCGGGACGUGUAUCAACACAUGCAAGACUGCGCUGAUUGCUUUGUUCAAUGCGACUGUAUCUGAUGGGUCUGCUGGGCAGCACCAGUUGGCCUUUUUUGGAAAAUUGGCUUGCAUGUUAUUUGGAACGGAUCUUUUGAUCAAAAUUAAGAAUCACGGCUACUUGUUUCUUACUCCCUGCAUUUAUCGCAAUCUUACUCAGGAUUGGAAGAAAGGCGAGGAAGAAGCAAUGUCUUACUUUGAGCUCUAAAAAGCAGCUAGAUGUCGCGUGGAAGGAAAGCCCAACUGUGCCGGAAAAGGAGCCUUGGCGUGUGUUGAAAAAAGUACUUACUACAAUGCUGCUGGCUCCAAUUAGGAUGAGAAGUAGACGUACAAGUGUAGUCUUUUCGAGAACGCAGAGCAGACGUCUGCCUGAGUUGUUGGCUCUCUUCAGAACAGCAAUGCCCUUUCUUCUGAAAGCUUGCUGCAAAAGCUUAACUUUCUUCAUGUCAUCAACAUCCCGCAGGCACUCGCGCAAGAGCGUGAAGGGCUCGUAUUAUUAUCCCAGGCUUUGCAAGACUGGCAUUCUUGGUUCUCGGUUAUUCAAGACAGACGAGAUGCUUACCUUUUCUACAAAAAGCUUCGCGGUCAAAGUGUUCUACUGGAGCUUUCGUUAUGGCAUAAUUAUCCUAGUACUAGUGUUGUACCUAAUCCCCAUUAAAUUAGAUUUUCUUUCAGGAAAUGUUUUUCUUUACGCGCUGACUGUGGUUCUAAAACUGACGGAUGCUGCACGAACGCAACAACUAAAAGUUUCGAAAUCCGACUGGAAAAUUAUGAAGAAAUCAAAUUGAUUAUUUGUAUAUGGUAGAUAGAAAGGAACUGCAGCUGGGACACAAUCCUCACAGCCGUAGGAGCUGUAGAAAAAAUAAAGAUUGAAGUGGCAGCUUGCUACACGUAGUCGCAGUUCCUUCUAUAGGUUUUAGUCUUCAUCCAUUUGAUUGAGCCUAUCUCUAAGCAAUAAGAGACACAACGACUGCAGUCCCUGAAGGAAUUGGAUCCCACAAUUUGCAUCCCGGCUCCAAAGUUCCAGUCUCGAAGUCGAAAAGAGAAGGUGGAGGAAAACAGCAAACGCUCCCGCAACCAAGCCGAGCAAGCAUCCCCUUCACUGGAUGCACCCCCGCGAAAAAUGUACAACUUAAACUGAGUCUUGAGCAUUUUACUCAUCGAGUUUUCUUGUGCUUUUUAUCAACAUGCAUGUAAUAAAGGAUUGUGGUGUGUCGGGUUUUCUCCAUUGAUUAUCCAACACGAGCUGACUUUCUAUUUUCGUGCCUCAUCCUCCCAGUCCCGAUAUGCGUGGGUCUCCUAUUGCGAUUGAUGGAGAAACGAAUGCUGAAGUGGAAGUGGGUGCUGACAUGGAGGAAAGCUGGGUUUAUGACGAGCAUACGUAUGGGCAUGGAGCUGAGGCGGACGAGAUGAGUUGGUACGACGAGCCGAUCAUGCAAACUCCUCGCAUUCACCCUCCUCGUAACCAUGAUGCUUUCUUUGAUUUCGGUGUUGAUCCUGCUUCGGUGUUCAGCGCGGUGGCAACUUCGUCUGGUCCAUCUUCGUCUGGUACAUCUUCUUCUUGUACAUCUUCGUCUGGUACGUCGUCUUUUAGCUCCUCCUCGAUUGGUACUUGGAGCUCUUCCUCAAGUGGAGCAUCUUCUUCUCGUGCGUCUUCUGUGUACGAAAUGCCAUCCGAAAAUGCGUACAUUAUCAACAAGCAAAUCAUGAACAAGAAAGGAGGUGGCAAGAAUAUCAACAGUAAGAACAGCUUGCACUUCUUCUCCUACGAGGACUCUGAGGGCAAAAAUCAAAAAGGAGCAGCCUCCUCCUUUUUCGGUGGCAAGAACAUGGGCGACAGCAUGAACAUGAAGGGUAAGGCUGCACUUUCCUUGCCGUUGCCCAAUUGUAACGCCGCUGGAGGUGGAGGUUCGAACAACAUGGACAUCCCGUUUAGCUCCCUGCUUCCUUCGCAGACCAAAGGCGGCUUCUUCGACGGGUCUUUCGGGUUCGGCGCAGCUGCAAACUACUCCUUCUCAGGCAAGAGUGGUGGCUUCUUCGGCAACAAGGGCGGCGCUUUCGGCAAAGGCGCUCUGAACAAAGCAAUGGGCAUGCCGGCGUCCAUGGUUCGCGCUAUGAGCAAUAGUCCUGUGCGAGCAUUGUCGCCGAUGAACGUCAACCGCAUCGGCACUCCGAACAUCGGCACUCCGGCUUCCGUGCUUAUCUUAAGGAUACCGCCGGAGCAUCCUCAAUAUCAUCCUUGGCUCUUUUUCGACUUGAAAAUGGAACCAAGGAUACUCUUAGGGAUGCGACCGCGGUAGCUCUAAUUAUUCCACCUGAUCACGCAAUCCGCUCGGCAAACACGUACUCCGACUGCGCUUCUACGCCCAAGCCGCCGGCUUAUCCUCCUCAGAACUUGGAGCCAGAGAAUCCGUAUUUUUCCAUAGUCUUAAGGUAAUUGCAUCUAAUAUGUUCGAUUCGUUUCUCUUGCGGAAGUUAAGGCCCUCAUGGUCUUGUAAAACAUGAGUCUGGUUCUUAAUCUUAAUCUUCUGCUACUUACUCAUAUCACCUUAUUCAUUCAGUGGCGGCGAUCCUGAUAGUGGUGGUGUCGCGGAACAGCAAGAAGACGAGAAGAAGAGUAUUUUGAAGCUUCGCCUCCCACAGUUCCACGUUGGUCACGCUCCGGCGCCAGGUGACCCGGAUGCAGGUUCUGGCGCUAGUGAAGUCGAUGCUGCUGAUGGAAACAAUAAGAGCCCUACCAAGCUGGGAGAUCGACUCAAGAGACUGGCGUCGACCUUGCAACAGACCACAGACCCUAACUCUUUUGCUGCCAGGCAGAAACAACACGCGACGCAUCAUUAUAUCUUGAUGCAGCUGCUGGUCAAGGUGUAGAUCAUACUGUUUCCGAUGCUAUAGAAAUAGCAGCUGGCUUACUUCUGUUCUUUGAUGUACUAGCUUCCUGCCAUAGUGUUGCUCAUCGGCAAACGAGCAGAAUGACGAUCAUCCCUGUCGAAUCCCAAUCUCACACGAUGAAAAAUAGAGAACGUGCUUGAUUGCUAUUGUUUUUAACUACCAUAACAUAAUAUCAGGUUGAAGCGAUCACCAUUGAUGACGAGGAAGCGUUCGAUGCUGCUAUUGCUUUGGUGGAAGCUGUGCAGCAAGGUGCUACUCUUACGAUACAUCGUCGUGCUUUUAUCAUCAAUGACGUAGACAUAUCCAUAGGCCCUCAUAUUUAACGUUGACGUUGCACGUAAGUACUUUAGUGGUCGCGAAGUCCAGCACGACAUUACUUACUCCUUCACCUGACAUACUUGCAAAUCCUCAACACCAUUAAAAUACGUUGAUAAACUGAAUCAAUUCCAGGCCGCCUGCUCGAUGGUUGGUUAGUUGCGAGAAUCAACGGCAACGAGCGCAUCCUGUAUUACGCAAUUGAACUCUUGGAUUGCAGCGUCGCUCUUUUAUGGGUACCGUCAAUCCAUCUACUUUUGCCGCAUCUUUUCACGCACUUGAAAAGCGCAAAAAGAUGCUUAAAAACGUGGGUUCUCCUUACAUCUAAGUUUGCUGCUAGCUGACCGCGUCAAGCUCGCAGAGCAGUUCAUGGCUGCUGCUGACCAUGGCCGCGAAUUCGAGAACGCAGCAACGGAACACGAGAGACCGUGGCUGGAGCAUAUGAACGAUAUUUUGACGCAGAUGACCACUGCCGGCCUCCUCCAGUCGUUCUUCGAUCAGACUGUUAAGGACUUACUUCUAAUUUCUUCCCUGUUGGACUCUUUAUCUACGAGCGCGACGAAUUUUUUUAAAUAGGAGCAAGUCAUGAAUUUCAUAGGAGUAGCUCUCUUUGCACCUCCCCCUCCCAAAUAGACCACAGUCGAUGUCUAACAUCUGAACGCUGGAUGCAGCGCAAGCGGUGACAGCCGUUGCAGAAUCAGUGCAGGAGAUCAUCAGUGAAGGAGCUACUGAGCUCGGACUUACUUCGGGAAUCCCGCUGCACUACUACUCGGCAGAAAAAGCGAGAUCAGCUCUCCCCAAAGGCGUUGUCACGGACCCGGUGCGAUCCUACACAGCUGCUCUCCGAUCCUUCUCCAGGGGGGUAUCGCUACUAACUUUUAGAGUUUUGUGAUUUUAUAUAGCAAGGAAGAAUUGAUGAGAUGCUGUUAUGUAUUCCUACCCCUCCCGAAAUACACAAAUAGUUCUUGGAGGGUUGUUCCUGUAGUGCCCUCCCCUAAAUUCCAUACCCACCCCGAAAUACACAAAGAAAAGUUUUAAGAUUAACGCAAAGUUGUCAGUAAAAUGCUCCAUCACCACAAAGCUUAUGGUGGAUGAUAUUUAAGGAGUCAAACCCUCAGCUGGUGCUCUCUCUCCUCAAUUUUCAGUUGAUCCCGGUGCUAUUCCGACCCCAGAAAAAUCGACGAAUGGACAAGAAAGUUCGAAAGCUGAUGCUGUCAGCAGCAAACACGAUUCUUAUGGCAGGAUGCUAAGUGGCCACCCCCUAAGUAAGAAGAUCGUGAUCAUGUAGUCCCGACCCUCGCCCCUCUAAUACACACAACUCGGUAGCCAACAUGUCGCGUCUAUGCCACGACGCUAAAGACGAGGUGCGUUUCUUAGGCUUGGUGAGUCAAGCCAUGGACAACGUCACUCAGUUCGUUGUGCAUGUGAGUAACAUGUCCACGCAGACGCUGAAGGAGAACACAGUUGAAAGGGUACUGAUUAAGCAACUGCUAGGAGCAAACUUGAUACUUAAUUGAUUAUGGAGGAGGGAGUCCCUGACUCAGAUAAAUGAACGAGUGCAGUAGAAUUUGAAGAUGUAUGUAAAGAAUUUACCUGUCCUCGACUUUGUCUUAACCGAUUGAAAAACGUCAUCCCCUUCUUUCAGGCUUCGACGUCGUUGCUGAUUAUGCCUUUGAGCCGUUUCCGCCAGUAUUGGAAUAAUCAUGAGGAUUUGCACAAGAAGAGGGAUUUUUCUAAUCUGCACAAGAUCGUUGAAAUGAUCUAUUAUGGUCAGCAUUUACCCAUCGUUAGUAGUAGUAAGUAGCGCGCCCUGUACUGGGGUAUAGAAGAAAUUGAUUAGCAACUGUUCUGCUUCCUUUUAGUGUUCAUUCUUUUUUUCUGUGUCUUCUCAGGGAGGGAUCUUUCAUAGCAUCUUAAUACCCUUUUGCCUUGGGAUACAAGGUAAAAGGCCGCAAUAUUAGGAGGCUGAGACGUAUCCUGACACGCACUAACUCUAUUCCCGUUUCUAUACGGUUUUUGUGGAGCCGGUCCUUCGCGACAAGGUGUUCGUCCAUGCACGCGGAAACAUUACAACGGCUCGAGGUGCGGAGAGCUAUUUGAUGACGCUAUAUUUGUUUCAGUUUGUGCAGAUGCGCCAGGGCGCGUUAGAAGAUCUCAAUUAAGUUCACCUUUCUCCAUCUUUCUCAACAUCUUGGUGCCUUCUCCUCUUGUACUAUCAUGAAGUACAAAGGAAAAAGGAGUCAAGAUGAGGGAACAAAGAUGCACUCAUCUAGCACGCGCUAACCCAAAAAUGAGAUAUAUGAGCAUUACACUGGUGGAGUAGGAAACCGAUUAACGUCACCUCUGAGAUUAUGGCAAGACCCUCAAGAAUUAUUUUUAUUGCAUAUAAAGACGUGGACGAUUUGAUACUCCGGGGUGUAAUUCGGGAAGUUCUUCAGUGUUUGUUAAAGUGAAGCUGUAUGGUGCUUAAAAGCUGCGCUAGUACGAGAACAAAGAGAAUCGUCGUCACUCGGUACUACAUAACAUUCUAAAAAAGGAAAAUGGUCCAGGACAGAACGCAGACGCAACAGCCGGUCUCGCGGUGGCUCCAGAGUCGCCGUCGUCGGGUGCAUCACAGUGAAAAGUGAAUGGCAAUUUAUUAUGAGGUAUUGAUAGUAUCUUCAUACAAUGUUCGAGUUGUUCAGUCGUGUGCUCAACUCGAGAAAGAUCGUCUUGGUCCUUGUUUUCUUCAAAACGAAAUCAGUAUUAUUAACCACGAAGACUUUCGUAUUGUGAAUGAAGAUGAAAAACAGAUCGUGAGUUACUUGAUAUGAAAAGCAAGGAUUAUAUUUCCAUUUAUGUAGAGCGGUAUUUCUGCAAUUUGUAUGAUGGUCAAUCAAGUUUUAAGACUCUGAUCUUACCUUCUACUGCGUUGUAACAUGAUGAAAAAGCGAAGCUUUCCGAAGCAGACGCAAAACACUAGGGAUUAUAGGAGGCGCUGGACUAAAUCUAAACUAAUGGCUAUGAGUUUUUCUUACGCAUGAAGCACCUCAGCUUUUUCAUCAUGAUGAUGCUACGACAACCCGCCUUCACCUAUCUAGUCUCGAUUAUUUUAUAGUUCUUAGUUGUAUUAAUCCAUGAGAUAAAAGAAGUAUCUACUUGUUCUUGUUCUUCUUGAUGUUAUUAGAAGUACUAAAUAAAUAUUUCCAAUCUAUUUUACUAAUACUGAUGUAGUCCAUCCUAUACUACAAGCAUUCUAAAGGUAGUUCUUGUUGUAGAAGCGUCCUUUCCUAGGUUGUUUCCGUAAUGAAGAGGAAGAGACUCCAUCUUAAUAAAACAGGCUGACCAACGUAGUAACUUGAUCUGCGAUAGCCUCGCCACGUAUUCGCAUUGCUUCGCUAGUUCUACUAAAAUUCUAUUAAUACCAUGAUCAUGAUCAUAGUCAAGCAUCAAGUCUGACUGUUCUUGUAAGUUACUAGAAGUUUAAGUUCCUACAUCAGCGGCAUGCUAUUAGUACCCACUUUCAUCGACCACACUGCUUCCCUUCUUAUUUAUUCUUGAUCUAGUAUUAGCAAUAGAUCCUCGUAGCAACUGAGUAGCUACUUUGGGUUCUGGCUCGUGUGCAGUCGACCUCUACUUCCCAGCAGUGUGGUGGCCGUCCGCAUUUUCUCAGGAAGUCUCCAUCUUGACUAGUCAAAGAACGCCUCUACUUAGUCAACAACUUAACUCCCGUUGAAAAAAAUCCAACAUACAACUAUGAAAUGACAACUCAAGGUACGCACCUCCACUGCAGUAGAAGCUGUUUCGGUGCGAUUGUCCUCAGUUGUGCUCGAUGUGGGCACCUAUUGUUCGGUGGCUUUGGUGAUGUGAUUCUCGUUCAAGAUGGUGCAAUCUACAGCAAGGAACUAUUAAGAAGCGACCAAUACGAGCAAGAGCAAGUGCGUGGACGUGACAAAAUGAGACGUACACGAGUGACGAAGUAAAAAAAGUUAGGCUAUACUUUCUGAUGGUCACGAGCGCGAAAUAUGGCAGUUGUUGAAAGCUUCGAGUUGUAUUACGGAAAAUCAGAAUUGCGUGAAAAUCAGAAUUACGUGCUUCCUGAAUUAAAAUGAAGUAAGUCACAGGGCCGUGGUUCCCAAGAUCAAAAGCCUUGGAAUUUUGUCUAUUGCGUAGCGAAAAACUGAGACGCUCAUGGUUAUAUCUACAUGUCUACCCACAAUCUUCAACGAGACAGUGCUUUCCUUCAACU